AUGAGAAUCAACGCGAUCAUCGCCUCUGCCAUCCUGGCUGCCACCGUCUCCGGUGCCGCUCUGCCACUACCUGCUGCCACCGCUGUCCCUGCCACUAUCGGCCAGCGUGAAGCUAAGGCUGAGGCCGGCUCAAUGGCCACUUGGCGUCCUUACGGUCUACCCAUUGGCGGCAAGCGUGAGGCUGCCCCCGAAGCUGAAGCCGAGGCUGGCGCCCCGAAGCGUCCUUACGGCCUGCCUAUUGGUGGUAAGCGUGAAGCUGCUCCUGUGGCUGCGUGGAAACCUCCAAAACGUCCUUACGGUCUACCCGUCGGUGGAAAGCGUGAAGCUGCUCCUGAAGCUGAUGCACCAUGGCGUCCUUACGGUCUACCCAUUGGGGGCAAUGGGGGCAAGCGUGAGGCUGCUCCCGAAGCUGAUGCUCCAUGGCGUCCUUACGGUCUACCAAUCGGCGGCAAGCAUGAGGCUGAUGAGGAAUAA